AGUGUUAAUGCACGUUGUGCAAACUAAACCCUCCUCGAGCGUGUCUGUGCACUGUGUCGGCAGUGAUUCAUAUAGUGCACUGCAGAGGGGCCGUAUAAGUUUGUGAUUUCCACUGCGUCACAUGAAGUAACUACAGAGUAUGAGAUAGAGUGGAGAAUCACCAGCUCCACCUUCAGAUUUGCAGACCUAUGGAGGUGGGAAGUGCACAAACACAGUGCAGUCAGCUACCUUCACUCACACUCUACUCCACACACCUCCCACAGCCCAGCCUGUUUCACCCCUGGAACACAAUUUAUCCAUCAGUAUGCCUCUACUGCAAUUAGAUAUGGUUCACAAUUUAAUAGUUGUUUUUAACCCACUCCAAAUUAUUGGUCCAAGAGGAAAAAAAGUACAGACCCUUUUGUAGGAAAUUGAAUGUAGUGUAAUUUUGCACUGGGGAACAAUUUUGCCAGAAGCCGAGGUUUUCGAUUCGUUGGAGAAAAAAUAACACACAGGUAUUGAAUAUGAAGGAAGGUGAUCCGGAAAUCUAAAAGUAUGUAUCUAAAAAAAAGGAAAUUGACAAAUCAAAGAACAGAAUGAAAACCAUAUGGAAAUAUGUUAAAAGCGAGACAGGGAAAAGCCUGUCUGCCAAAGAAGUGAUUAGCUUAAGAACUGGGAGCCUUUCGGUGGAUGCUCCCGAAAUGGUGGCUAAUAUCUUUAACGAUCAUUUCCUAACAGUCACCAACCAAAUGGAAUGCCAUGGUUCUGUAAAGAAGGCUACAGAAUACUUGCAUAACACCUUAACUAACAAAAUAGAUGAGAUGCAUCUUCGAAAAACUACAGUGAUAGAAUUAGAAAAAAUAAUUAUGUCUUUAAAAUGUAAAAAUUCUGCUGGAGUUGACAACACUUCCAGCAAGUUACUGAAAUACUGUUGUAAAGAAAUAAGUACAGUCCUCUGCCAUAUUAGUAAUACGUCAUUGGAAGAAGGUGUUUUUCCCGACAGGCUAAUAUAUGGGCUUAUAAGACCAAUUUAUAAAAAGGGAGAAAAGACUGAGGCUACAAACUAUCAAACAAUUUCAUUACUCUCAGUUUUCUCCAAGGUACUAGAGUAAUUGAUGCAUAGCAGAAUGGUUGAUCAUAUUAGUAAAUAUAACAUCCUCAGCAGUAGCCAGUUUGGCUUUUGGAAAGGGGUAUCAACCAUGGAUGCAAUACAUGCCUUUGUUGACAAUGUUAUGGAAGCCACAAAUAAUAAUAUGACGGCGGUUGGAAUAUUAUGUGACCUGUCAAAAGCUUUUGACAGUUUAAGUCACCAUAUUCUCUUGAGUAAAGCCUAGACCCUAGGAAUGGGUGGAACCGUAGGCACGUGGCUUGAAUCCUAUCUGUGCGGCAGAAAGCAGAAAGUAAUCGUGGAAGGACUGCAUAGUGGCCAGGUAUCUUCAGAAUGGAGCUCCGUUACUGCAGGGGUACCUCAAGGCUCCGUAAUGGGCCCACUGCUCUUUCUAAUAUUUAUAAAUGACUUAGCACUAUGUACAGAAUAUGGGAAAACACUCAUGUUUGCUGAAGACACCAUGUUAUCAGUUAAUAAUCUCUCAGGGAAUGUGUCAAAUGAGGCUGCAAAUAAAGCUUUUGCAGAUUUGACAAACUGGUUUGAAACCAAUGGCCUUACAGUCAACCUAAAAAUGACAAAUUACAUUCACUUCUCUUCGAACACAAAUGUUACUAAUGAAAUGAAACUAAAAAUGGGUGAGCACAAGAUUUUGAAGGUUGAGUCCUCCAAAUUCUUGGAUCUGCAUAUAGAUAACAAAGUGGCACCACCAUAUUCAAGAUCUGUGCAAAAGGCUAAGCACUGCAACAUUUGCCUUAAAAAUAAUUUCAGACACUAGGGAAAUGAGCACAAUAAAAACUGCAUAUUUUGGCUAUUUUCACCAACUUAUGGCCUAUGGUAUAAUAUUUUGGGAAAAUCAACCAAUAGCAAAAAAAUGUUCCAUGCACAGAAGCGAGCAAUAAGAAUUGUGUGUGGAGUACAUCCUAGGCACUCGUGCAGGGAUCUGUUUAGAGCUCUACAAAUCCUUACAACACCUGCCCAAUAUAUUUUUCCCUGAUGUGCUUUGUUUCAAAAAAUAGCAACUUAUUCAAAAUCAUAAAACAGUUAUAACACCCGAAGAAAACUGGAUAUCCAUUAUGAGCUAAAAACAAAAUGCAUGGUCCAGAAGGGGGUUUUAUACAGUGGCACCAAGAUUUUUAAUGCCCUCCCACUGCUCAUUAAAGAACUGGUUGGAAACAUGCCAAUGUUUAAAGAAAAUCUGAUGAGCCUUGUUACAGUAUUGAUGAAUUUCUUAGCAAAAUCUCUUGUUUGUGCUUAAAACUUACUGUGUGACCUUUACAAAUGAUUAAUCAUACUCUGUAACUACAGUGUAACUUAAUACAAUACCCAAAUUUAUGUAUGUCUGUAUAUUCUUUCAGAUGUCUUGUAUCUUAACUAAUAUUAAGGGUAUAUGGUAAACUUCACAGUUUCUUUAAUCUAAUGAUAAGAUCAAUGUAUAUGUGCACAAAACAAUAAUCCGUAAAAAUCUUGACUCGUUCUAUAUCCAGGGAUAUGUUCCCAUAUGGAUCCAUGGAACACGAAAUAAAUAAAUAAAUCCACAUCCACCCCAAACGCUCACACCGCACCGGCCACGAUUUUUUGUGUUCAACACACUCCCUCCUAGCACUGUGCAACAAUAUGCGAAUGCAAGAUUUUUUGCCUUGACUUUGCUUGUGGAUGGCUUAACGACGGGCGACAGUUAACGGAACGCGAUGUCAUCACUAGCCCUGUGCAGGAGGGGGAAUAACUGCCAGUAAGCGGAAAUAAAAAUGAGCAGACCGGUUGAUUCACUCUGCAGUACAUGAUUGAAGAUUUUCAGCAGCCGGAAGCAGUCGCCGCUGACGGGUGGUGACGACCCACUGCGGCUGCAGAGACGGAGCAGAGGUUCGCACCGGCCACGUGGCACGGCGUGGCUGCAGACCGACCGCAUUACCGGAGGCUGCCACGGCGAGUCGGAGAGAGACCGCCGGUCCGAUACACGCCGCUGUGCCGGAGCUCACCUUCGACAGUAGUAGGACAGCUCUGAGAAUGGUUGCAGGAGAUGGUCAGGGGAAGAAUAUUGAUGAUCUCCCAGAUGAAAUAAUACUAGAUAUAUUUUCAUUCUUCAGUUUUAACGAGCUUAUAGACAUUGUGCAAAAUGUGUGUGUGCGAUGGAAGAGAUUGGCACACGACCCGGUGCUCUGGCGUGACAAAGAGUAUAUCAUCAGAGGAAGGGCACAGAACGGGAGGAGCUGCUGCGGUGUCACCUGCUCCGAGUGCGCCCACUGCAGGUGUGAGAAGACGGACAGAGAGGUCUUACGGACAGCCGGCACGAUGCCACAACUGCGGACACUUACGAUGAUGCGCGGUACCAGAGCUCGCAUCUUACGUAAGAUCUGCAGGAACUGUCCGAAUCUCACAACUUUGCAGCUUCACGGCUGUCAGAAGAUGAACUACUCGCUCCUGAAGUACAUAUUUGAGAAGUGUCCGAAGAUAGAGAAGCUGAUAAUUGCCAACAACUUACUGGCCGACCGACAGUACGCGGAAUUGGUGUCGCGCCUGGAACACUUGCAGAGCCUGGAAGUGUUCGAGAAUCGGAGAGGUGCGGGGCCCGUGCUGCUGCGCUUCCUGGCAGACGCCUGCCCGAAGUUGCGGGAGAUAAACCUCAGCUGUGACUACCACCCGCUGGAGGACGUCGAGUACUUCGUGAAGGCCAAGAGGGACACGCUCACUUCUGCCACCGUGCGCUGGACCAUGGCGGGGAAGAGGUGUGUGGUUCCCGUGCUGAAAGAGGCCGCCAGCUCUCUCGAGAAACUGCAGCUGCACCUCUUUGACGUGGCACCCGAGGAGGAGGCCGCGACGUUUGCGGAUCUCGGAGAGUUGCACAACCUGCGUGAACUGCACUGCAACCAGCUCUGCCCGCACCGGCCUCGCCUCAUCUCUCUCGCCUUCCAGCCCGGCUGCCUGCCACUGCUGCAGAGGCUGGAGCUGCCGCACGCCACCGACCUGCCGGACGACGCGGUGCUCGCCGUUUCCCGGGGCUGCCCGUCACUGCGCGAGCUGAGGCUGGCUGGUGCGACCAGUAUCACGGAUGCAGCACUUGCCGAGAUCCACCGCCUUAAACACUUACAGAUACUGGAUCUUUCCGGAUGCAGUGGGCUGGGCGGAUCUGCCGUGGCGCACGUGGCGCAGCUGCCGGCCCUCCGCACGCUGCUCCUGCAGUACAUUGACGACCUGACAGAGCUGCAGCCGAGCCUGCGGCACGUCCUGGACUUGAAGCAACUGCGCUGCCUCGAUAUCUUGUACAGCGGCCACAUCAGAGCUGUGCCGUUUGAAGAAUUUUCUGUCAGGCUCGUGAACCUCAGAGAACUACAUGUGACGUUUGAGGAAGAGGAUGAGGUUUUCUACAAAAAUGUUUUUGCUGAAAUGCAGAGUCAAAUGCCUCGGCUCAGGAUCAUUAAUACUUUCCGAUGGACAGAGGAUGACUUCCUAACAGAUUACGAAAUGGAUGAUGAUGAUGAUGACACCGACGUAGGGUACUGAGAAAUAAUUUUGGUUUUCAGACUGCAGAAUGUAACAUUGGAGCCCCUGGAUGAGUGAACUGUUUGAAAAGCAAGUAAAAGACAAAAUAUGGAUUUAUGAAAUUAUUGUAUAAGAGCCAAGAAAGUGUUGGCCGAAA